AUGUUCCUGGACCUCCUCAAGCGGCUGAAGUUCACAUCGGACGAGACUAUCCUCCAUUUGAAGACAAUGUUGAACGGCCCGAUUGCGCAAAAGUUCCCCCUUUUCACGAUCAGCACCGGUCCCACCACCAGAUUCGAGUACUUCCUCAAGGUUGGUGGAUCUCUGCGCUCUGCAGUUGCCCCGGAUCCCGGGCUCCGUCCGCCGCAGACGAGAGCCGACCAAGUGACGACCGAGGACCUCAAUAUAUCCCAGAUCCGUUUUGAAGAGGGGCGAGUUCUAAGCCACGAUUCUUACCGCAAUCUGCGCCCGCCGCAGUACAUGGUGCCUCUGGGGGAGGUCUACCGGGCGGGCCGAAUCUACGGGGAACCCCAGGAGGUGAUAUUAACCAAUUUCUUCGUCAUGAUGGACGUGAUCACGCCGAAGAAGAGCCUUUGGAUCCUGUACCGCUACGAAAAGCGGGUGGAGCGGGUGAACAGGGGGGUUCGCUGGGAGCGGGUCAAGUUCAAGAAAGACCGCGACUGUGUGUUCCCGGGUCUCAAAUCCUUCGACACAGUUGUCUCCUUGACGACAUCGCGAAAUGGACCGGUCCUGCUACACAGUAGGGAGAUGGUCGCCAUGAACGCCUUCAAGGCGGCGCUGCCCCAGAACUGGGUGCCGGUGUAA